AUGUCUGAUAGCGAGUCCCGAUACGAUAGUGAACCCAACGCGUUCGAUGGGGAGUCAUCGGACGAUCGGAAGGAUACCAGUAGUGAGGUUUUAAGCUUUGACAGUGCUAGUAGCAAAGAUACCGAGGUUGAAAUCGUCGGUGAGGGCGAUACCUUAGGGCAACCCAAGGAGUAUUUGUUUGGUGUGGACUACCUGGAGUCAAAUAAGAUAACCGAACGGGAGCUUGCCAAAUAUAGGGCUGAAUACCGGAUCCCGAGUUCAAUAAAAUGGAGAAUCCUCUGGCCUACCAAAUCACUUAGCAAUCCGAAGGACGGUGAGGUAGUCUUCUUCACCGACAUCGUUCAGCAUGGGGUUCGGCUACCGCUGCAGCCUCCUGCUCAUUUGGGCUACACCCCGUGUCAGUAUAACCCCAACUUCUGGGUGGCCCUGAAUAGUUCUCAUAUUUGUAUAGCGUCACCCAGUCAAAGUGCGCUGGGCAUGGAGGUUGGGUGCAGGCUAACUGCCUCCGGGCUUCUGAACGUGGUCACUUCAAUAGGGCCGUACCGACUUUACAGAAGUUAUGGAGGAAUUAACGGGUCCUUUUGUUCGGUGACUAGGAGUCCCCUUUGGAAAGGCUCGUCAGCUAUCACAUACCCACAACCUUUCAGAUAG